AUGUCCAAGCGACCUCGAAGCCGCUCGAGAUCUCCGUCUUUUGAUCAUGACUCACUAUCGGGAUCAUCAAUCGCAGUGAACACUACGAUUCCCUCUUCUGAGCGCAACAAGCUCAUCGACAGUGACAUCGAUAUCCUCCCUGAGGUGAUGCAUUGCUCCUUACCGCCUCACCGCGAGACGAUCUCGUUCACAUCCUACGAAGAUUACGAGGUACAUUAUCUUCAAUCUCAUGUCAACCGCUGUUCCGAGUGCAGCAAGAACUUCCCCACGGGUCAUCUACUCAAUAUACACAUUGAGGAGAACCAUGACCCGCUAGCUGCUGCGCGACGAGCCCGUGGAGACAAGACUCAGAGUUACAAUUUUUACAUCGUCAAUGAUGGCAUCGAUGCACAAACAUCUAUGCUGCGACCCGUGAACAGCCACAGACGACGCAUCUCAACAUCAUCUGCUUUAGAGGGCAGGUUGCGGCGCCGGAGCUCGGUGUCUCAAUCAAAUCCACCGGCAGCAGCAAUCCUUGAAAAGAAAUCACCAAGUGAGAUGGACAUGGAUUUGAAAAUUGACGAGCUGGAGAAGUCUAUGUCGGCUCUAAAGUUUGUGCCAACGAGCGUCACUAGAAAUCGCAACAAAGUGCGUGGCAAACAGUCAUGUAAAUAG